AUGAGGAAUGUUUUGGAAAAUACGAUCACGUGAUGAAGAAAGCAAAGACAGUAUUUUUAUAAAAUACAUUAUUAUUAAUGUGUUUUUGAAAUAUUUCAAAUCAAAUUAAUAUAAAAAUCAAAAAAGUCGUAAGUUUUAUUUCAAUAAUAUUGGUUUUUGAACCUUUCUUUGUAAAGAAUUUAGAACUUUUUCACGAGAAACACCCAUUUAUCACAUUCCGAAAAUUCAAUGAAAAGGAGUAAAGCACAACGUGUCAAAAGAUAACACGUAUACUGUUUGUAACUUUAAACAACGUUAAAAAAUAUAGAAAUUAUGUUAAGCUAUUAUUAUUCUCAGAAAUGUCUUUAAAAAGUAUUUAUUUUUUCAGAUAGGAUAUUAUCACUCAUGGAACUUCAACAAUUCAAAGCUUUUAUUACCAUCAUCAUUCUAUCAUUUAUAUCUAUAAUUCUGAUGUUAUAUUACUUUACUGGAUUACUUUCUUCAAAACUUCCAACUUUUGUCUAUGACAUCAAUUUAAAAACUAUCCCAACAAAGGCACCGUCACCUUCGUAUAUACCUUCUAAAAGUACUAUAGAUAAUCAAUAUCUACUUCAUAAGGUCACAAUUUCAAAUUCAAGUAAUAGGAUUUUAACUUCUCAAAAUGAAUGGAUUUCGACAAAACCACCGUAUUCAACGGUUGUUCUUCCCGAGUACAAAGCUCUGGGUGUUGAUUGUAGUAGGAUAUUUAAUAAUGAUGUUGAAUAUACAAAAACCAUAAUCAAACAGCAAGACUCUAUUAAACAUACAAUUUUUCCUGAUCAAAAAGUAGCCGACUAUGCUAUUGACUGUACAAAGUAUAGAAGACACUAUACUACAACUAUACCGACACGAGAAGAGGCCGAUUAUCCUCUAGCCUUUCAAAUAUUAACCUUCAAAGAUGCUGCUCAAUUCGAGUAUCUCUUGAAAACAAUAUAUCGUCCUCACAACCAAUACUGUAUUCACGUUGAUAAAAAGUCGAAGCAACCAUUUUGGUCUGCUAUUUUAAAUAUUGCUAAAUGCUUUGAUAAUAUUGAGGUCAUUGAUGAAAAGGAAGCUGUGGAUGUCAAAUGGGGAUUUUACAGUGUUCUAGAACCAGAAAUUAUAUGUAUGAAAAAUCUAUGGAAGAGAAAAACCAAGUGGAAAUACUUGAUCAAUUUGACAGCUCAAGAGUUUCCUCUUCAAACUAUGCAGGAUCUUAUAAAAAUUCUAAAAUCUCUAAAAGGAGCUAACAGUUUAGAAGGAACUGUAGCAAGAAGGAACGUUGAAAGAACUGAGAAAGAUAUUAAUAUGAAACCUAAAAUACCAUUCAACAAAGGAAUUACCAUUGCAAAAGGUGCAGUUCAUUUAGUUGUUCAAAGGGGAUUCGUGGACUACGCUCUACAUAAUACAACUGCACUAGAAUUUAAUGAUUGGCUUAAAGAUACUUUUCACCCCGAUGAAACAUAUUUUCCAAGUUUAAAUCACAGUCCACAACUUCACAUUCCAGGAUCAUAUACUGGUAAUCCUGAAACGGAUCCUGUAACAUAUCCAUUUAUUGGGCGAUUCAAAAAUUGGGGAGGUUACCCUUUUGACUAUCCUUGUGCUGGAAAAAGGGUCCGUGGCAUUUGUAUACUAAGUAUUGGUGAUUUAUCAUUAUUGGCUAAUAGGAAAGAAUUAUUUGCGAAUAAAUUUCAUUUGGAUUACCAACCUUUUGCCCUUCAAUGCAUGAGGGAAUUAAUAUAUAACCGAACGAGAGAUGAAUUAGCUGGUAAGAGAGAAAUUGACCUCUCUUAUUACGAAAAUCUAAAAAUGGUGAAAUAUCAUAUUGGAUCUUCUCCUUGA